AUGGCAACUACCGACUCCCCGAGAAAGGAUCCCGACUCCCACCGCGGUGUGAGCCUGGAGCACGGCAACUCGCAGUCCAUUUCCGCGCCCCCGGAACUAGCAAAGAAGCAAGAGACUUCUUGGUGGCCAUGGUCGAAAGCGGGCAAGCUCAGCAAGGUCGAAGAAAACCUAAAGGAGCAGUUCAGCGGCAAGCCCGGCUUCAAGCAGUUCCGACGAGUCUACCGCCCCGCCCUCCCAGCCGGCAGCGGACACCCCGACCCCGAGCCGGGCAGCAGCGCCGCCCAGAGCCCCGGAGACCACGGCGACGACGAGGGCACCGUGGUCAAGGGCCCCGACGGCAAGUACAUAUACGUCAACCAGUUCCACCAGCAGAGCCACAAGUUCGACGACGUGGCCGUUUACCUCAGCCCGACCAACUUUGUGCCCAAGCGGCUAGUCGUGCAGGCGUCUGACCGCGUGCUCGCCAGCCGCGACGAGCUGGAGAAGGGUGACUGGAUCCGCAGCCAGCUCGCCGGGGGAGCGCCGGUCGUGCUCAAGGUCAUGCUGGCCAUCCCGGGCGUCGGCGACUGGGAAGAGGACGAGAUCACCGACACGUACACCGAAUUCCCGGGCUACUACUGGGGCUGGCCCAAAUACGCCGUCAACUAUCUCGACAUGGCGCCGUCGGCGGAGCAGAACGAAAAGCCCGCCGAGCAGCAGCAAAAGGACAAGUUUGCCGCGGCGCUCGACGUGCGGCGGCGUGCGCAGCGCCCGCGGAGGCUGGUCAAGAAGACGGACCACGGCUGGGUCGAGGUCGACAGCAUCGCCGAGGUCGACGGCAUCGCCGAGGCCAGCCUCAAGGCACGUCGCCUGGCCGAGAGGAUCGCCGAGCGGGAGCAAUGUGCCGCCUUCUGGAUGGACGACGGCCUCGUGUCCAAGGCCAGCCCGGCCGACACCGACUACGACGUCUACACCAUGUGCGACGUCAUCCGCGGGGCCAGCCGCGUCGCCAUCAUGCUGGGCGCUGACACGCUCGCUGCCCGCCGGUCGUGGGGCGACCGCAUGUGGACGCUGCCCGAGGGCCUGCUGGCGCCGGGCCACAGCCUGCUCGUGUGCCGCGAGGGCAACGGCGGCCAGCUGGUCGCCGCCGACGACAACGGCCGCGACAGCACCGAGGGCGGGAGCGCCACGCGCGUGCUGGCCGAGCACUUUUCCGGGCUGCUCUCGCUGAGCCGGCUCGAGCUGCUGCCGGCGGCCGUGGCGGCGCUCGACUCCAAGAAGCGCAACGAGUUCACGGGGUCCGACCUGGCGUACGCCGUGAUGGGCCUGCUGCACUACCGCAUCCAGCGGCGCGACGCCGACAGCCUGUUCCAGAACCUGGCGCGGCUGUCGCUGGGCAACGACAGCGACCAGCUCGUCGAGCGCAUGCUGUGCCUGCUGCCUAAGGCGACCUCCCAGGCCGCCGACAGCGGCGUCGCGGUGCUAGUCGGCUCACCCGUCUUCGAAGAGCUGGCAGGCCGCGACGAGUACGAGACGUACGUGCACCACAUCACGCCGCUGUGCCAGGUGGUCGGCGUGGCGGAGGAGGACGAGACGGUCAUCAUUGACAACUGCCGCGCGGUGCACAUCCGGUGGAAGGUCUUCCCGCGGCCGGUGGUGCACCGCAGCCACGGGUUCAGGAAGACGCUGGCGGCCUUCUGCAUCGUGUCGGGGCUGUGGUGGCUGACGUUCAGCUUCGAGACGGCCGUCAACUACGUGCCGUACUGGUCGGGCAUAGUCGAGAACGUGCGGCUGUCGCUCAUCAUCUGGGUACUGGCCGCCUUCCUGCUUCUCAGCCUGCUGCUGUUGGCGCCGUCGCCCUUCUCGGUGCGCCGCCUGUUCGGCGGCACCGUGCUCAAGAGCAAGCCCAGCCUCGUCGCCUUCGAGGGCGUGCUGCCCAUCGCCAAGCUCGAGAAGCUCGUGUUCGGCAACUACACGGGCUGCCUGACUUACGCGCCGUCGGCGACGCCGUUCGCCCGGGACUGGCGCGACCCGCGCGAGCGCGUCGGCACCGAGCCUGCGUGGCUCGCCGUGUGCGUGUUCGCCGCCGAACGCCCGCCCACCGUCGCCCUGCUCUGCGGCCGCGAGGGCGGCAUGCUGCGCGCCGUCCUGUGCAGCUGGCGCUUCGAGACUGAUUGCCUGUACCGCGAGACGGUCGUGCGCAUGCCCUCGCGCGUCUACGAGGCUGCGUCGAGCAUUGGCUGGCUGAAGUUCAGCCUCCGCAGCCAGAACAGGGCGCGGGGGCGUUCUUGA